UUUAUUUCUUGCUUCUCGUCUUGCCGCAAAUCUCACUUUCGUUGUUCAUCGCUCUUUUGCUGCUGCAGCAUAGGCACUAAACUCAAGUACAGACAUAUGUACAUAUGUAUGUACAUACAUAUUUCGCACACCGGCUCGAGUGCGCGCUUCUCUCUAACGAUCUUAUCGCGUUAUUUAGCAGAUCGGCUAUUAUAACCAAGCUGUUUGGUGCAUAUCAGUGCCAAGCACAACCCUUUGCUUAGAAAAGAAGCCCGUGAGCAGAUACCUACAUACUUACAUAUAUACAUAUGAAUGUGAAUGCAAGUGCCGCUACAAUUGAUCUCGAUACAUACACAUACACAAGCCGCUGCACACAUAAAACGGUAAUCGCAUUCUCGCAUUGCUCACUCUGUGACAUUCGCAGUGGUCAAGGGCAAAGCUCUUCUCCAUAAGUGGACUUUGGUGACAGGCCGGAGUACAGUGAGCACUCAACAAAACGUACCAACCGAACAUAACCUCGCCAACAACAGAAUGGCAAAUUCGACAAGUGAAAAAGACUUUUGCAAAGCCAAAUGCGCUUCUGUUCAACGCCAACUAUUAGCAAUGAACGAAUUCUUCAGCGCUGGUGAGAUGAUCAGCUUUGACGAGGCCGAUCUGAUGGUGCGUAUAGAAUCGGCGGAGAGCUUGAAGGCCGAGUUUGAUAUCAGCCAGUCAAGGCUAGAAAAAUUAGAUUUGCUCGAGCUUUCAACGGACGCUCGCUCAGACUUCGAGAAGGUUUACUGGAAGAUCAAAUCCACUCUCGCUCGUCAAAUGGACAUAGUCACUAAGGCACGUAUGACUGACGCUAAUUCAACAACUAUCCCACGCUUUGCUGAAAGUACGCACACAUUUGCUCACUCGUUCAACCGUAAGUCUCGCCUACCGGAAUUGCAGCUGCCCAGGUUCAGCGGCUCCUACGAGGAUUGGCCGGAUUUCUACGCCAUGUACAAGACUGUCAUUGGCAGCAAUGAGGACCUGAGUAAGAUUGAGAAAUUACAACAUUUACGUGCGUGCUUGGAUGGUGCUGCUCUCAACACAAUCAAAUCGUUAGAGCCUGUCGACGUGAAUUACGACAAGGCGUUGGAGUUACUCAUAAAGCGUUUUGAUAAUAAGUUGCUACAUUUUCAGGGCCACGUGCGGGCUAUAGUCGGCCUGCCAGGCGUUGAAAAGGGAUCAGCAGAGGCGUUGCGUGAGUUGAGUGACAAAAUUAACUCUCAUCUUCGGGCGCUUAGCACCAUGUCAACAACUGAGGAGCUGGCUGACGGAUUACUCAUACACACAAUAUCGCACAAGCUCGAUCACCACACCCAGGAAAAGUGGCAGGAAGCGCUUGCAACGGAUAAGCUACCCAGGUGGACGGAUAUGUCGGCGUUCUUAGAGAAGAGAUGCCGCAUGAUGGAAAACUUGAAAGGCGCUACGGCACCUACGCCUAGCCACCAGGUUACCAGAAAUAAAACCCGAAUGACUUGGAGAUACUCACGCCUGGGCACUUCAUCUGGGGCAAAGCCAAUGCCACUAUCGACGAGCCAGACAUAACUCACCUAAGCAUAGGUCGCCUCAGCCGUUGGCAGCGAAUAUGUCACAUGCAGCAAUCAUUCUGGAAGAAAUGGAGUACAUCGUAUUUGUCGU